CACAUCACCCAAUUCACACCCAUCCACCCCAAAUAAAGCAUACUAGUAGUAUCCAUCCCAAUUCCCAACGCCCCAAUUCCCUACACAUGCACGAUCAACCACCACUUCACUCCAUCUGCGCGAAAUCCCGAAACCAACUACGUCAUCUGCAUACCGAGAACCCCCCCCCCCUAAUGAUAGAUAGUCCGUUUCCAUCUCAGAAACCCACUUCUCUAAUGCCUAGCGCACAAGGCAAAGACGACCAGGCACCCGUCAUUUGAAACUCUGACUCUUGGCUGUCUAGCCACCUGGGUAAGUGAUAUUCCUAAUAUCCCUCAACUUCCCAACCCACGCCUCUGGGUGAUGACCAGAAUGCCAAUCCUAACAGUACACCACCCACAACCACAACCUAUAUACUUUGUAGUCAGGUUUUAUUCAACCCCCAAAUCCAGACCCCAGUACGAAGUAGUACGGAGUACGAAAUACUCAAUACUCAACCCUGUGACUCAACCAACCCAGCCCAGAUCAAUCCAAUCCAAGUCGGCUCGGCAAAUCUCUCUCGCCCCGCUUACUAAACUCCAACCACAACCCAGCCUCAGCAAACCGCGCCAAGACAACUAAUACUUUUACCACUUACCUACCCAGAC